AUGGCCCCAGUGAAAGUCGCCGUCAAGGCGGUGAGUACAAUCGAAGGAGUGUUUUCGGAUACAAAUAAUUUUCUUACAGUUGUUGAAAGAUAGUGCAAAUCUAAAUGAACUCAGCGAGAGAAUGUUGGACGAAGCCCGCACAAUGCUCAGACUGAGACAUGAACACGUCAUCGGAAUCUACGGAUGGGCCAUCGACAAACAGCCGUUCAUGAUUUUGAUAGAAAUGAUGGAAAGUGAGCAAUUCCUAUUUUGGAAAAUAGUUCAAAAAAGAAGUUAUAAUUCAAUUGGAUUUAGCUCUCAGGUACUGAAAAAGGAUUCUUUAAUUUCAGGAAUCCAAUAAACUCACUCUUUUGAGAGCUGUUACAAAUUGAAAUUUUGAAUGAAAGUUUUUGACUGAUCCAACUGAAUUAGUUUUUUUCUUCAAGGUAAUCAUAACGAAGCGAUAUUUUCCAGGCGGCUCUUUGGACAGUUUCCUGCUCCGAAAAUUCGACGAGUCCAACAACUCCCGUCUGCUGAAGUUCGCCCUUCAGGCGGCAAAAGGUUUGGAAUAUCUACACGCAAUGCAAUUCUUACACCGCGACGUGGCUGCCCGUAAUUGCCUCUUAAGUUCCGAUCUCACGGUUCGAUCCAAUUAUCCGCAGAACAAAGAAAGAAAUCUUUUCUAGCUCAAAAUCUCGGACCUCGGCCUUGCCACGGCCGGGGUCUUCUAUUUCAUGACCAAGGCAGAAAAACUGCCGACGCGUUAUCUUGCGCCGGAGACUCUCUCUACAUUCGUCUUUGUCCAAGCAACGGACUUUUUUUGUUUCGGAGUGAGUUGGCUUGCAUAGGAUCAGAGAAAAAUGGAUUAUUUUAGAAUCUCUUGUACGAGAUUUUCUCGGGAGGACUCAUGCCGUACGAGGAGCUUAGUUCUGCUGAUGCCAGGCAAAAAGUAUGUUCUAUUCUUUUUGAUUCUCUUGCCGUUGUAAGUAUUAAGGGAAAGCGGAAUUACAGAAAAACUUUCUCAGAAGCUUCAAACAUAUUCAAUGGCAUGACCAACUUGAGAAAGAAAUUUUUGGAAUCGCAAUAGUUUGAUCACUGUUUUGUACGCUGAGCUUAGCGUUUUUAAUUCUGUUUGAUAGCGGAAAAAAAGUACUUCGACUUCAUCUACAAGGGAAAUAUUAUAGAAACUUGGAACUAUGAAAUCGCCCGAGCAUAAUGAAAAUCUAGAUAAAUGAAGACAUUAUUUUUAGCUCAGACUUGCGCAAACUUCAAGCUUUCAAGACGUAAUAUUCCGAAACCUAUGUUUUACACAAAAUCAAGAAUAAUAACUCAUACUUCUCAACUUUCAAAAGCCAUCUCUCAAACAAAAUAAACUUCCCGGAAUCUUCGUACAACCCUUCAGAAAUUGAUAGCGCAAACGUAUGAAAAAAUUCUAAACUUCUCAAUAAAAGACGCUUUGUCUAGGGACCGCAACCAAAUUUUUCAAAAAUUUUUUUGAACUUCAACAUUACUAUGGUUGAAUAGUUGCUCUAAUUUACUAUUCAAAAACAGUCUCAACCUUUUUUUCGAAAAAAACUAAAGUUAUGGUCAAAACAGUAAUAAGUUAUUAAAACAGUAUAAAACCACAAGUUUGAAGAUAAAAGCUAUUUUUCAUGAAAAAUAAAAAUGGCCGCUGCGAGGAUCGAACUCGCGAUAUCAAAACUGUAUGCAAGCGCACUUGCGCUGCUCCACGUACAUCCCUCGGAGAUGGGAGGCGUUCGCGCUAUACACCACUUCCCCUCAAAGUACAGCAUUUACCGACAAUCUUGUUUAAAAAAAGUUAUGGUAGUUGAACAAUUAUUAGUCACGUGUGUUCGGACCACCUAAAAAAAUAAUUUAUUCAUAGAGAUUCAGUUCAAAAAUGCUUCCGUUUUCGGUGUUUUUCUUAUUUUAACGUUGGCUUCAACAUAACACUGAUUAAACUUUUUAGGCACCGUGGAAAUUUUUUAUUUUUAUUUUUAACAGAUUGAAAAAAAUGAGAUACGCUAACAUUUAAGAAAUAAAAAGGCGCCAAGGACAUCUGACCAUGUUAAAAAUGAAUUUCGAAAUUUUCACUGUCUAUCUCAAAAAAACAAAGUUUUUCGGAAUAAGUUGUAUACUAAUAAAGUUUUUAGUUAUAAUUUAAAACGCAAGUUAAAAAUAAAAAAAUUUUUUUACUUACACGCUCUCGAAACCGAGUACAACAUUUUUCAACUUUGCGCGGCCUCACGAAGAUUAGGCACCGUAAAAAUUUUAAUUUUUGUUUUUAAAAAGAUUUGUUUUUCACUUAAGAAUCGAAUUCGAAAAUAAAAAAAGGCACCAACGAGAUGGAACUAGGUUAAAAACCCGAAGAAAAAAAGUAGUUUUGGUUUUUUGUACGACACUUCGCUAAAACGCUACGGAAAUCGGGUGAAAAGUAUAUCAGAUUAAAGAGGGAGGUUUUCUCUAUGUUUGUCCCAAUUUUCUCUGUGUUUGGUUCAGUAUUGCGCUUUUACGAAAACAUCAAACACGAAAUCUAAAAAACCAGUGCAUUUCACCAUCGCAAAAAGGGGCGUGGCUUUGCGGUCUCUAGCUUUGUCAGACAAAAAUCUGUUUUGAGAUCCUCAAUGGCGAGAUGAACGACCUGUCAGAAACUCGAUGCCCCCCCGACCCUUCGUUCAUUUGUCGAAGAUAAAAUGUGGACUUACAGAAUGAAGGAUCGAGCGCAAAUGAGAGAAGUUAUCGAGUCUAGUUGAUUGAAUCUCAAGGAAACUUUCAGGCCGUUGACUUCCUCAAAGUCCUGUACAAAGAGUCGAAGAAAGUCAGUGUCCACAUUAGUUUCUAAUUCAAUUUUUCUUUUCAGGCCGAAGGUGAGCCGAAGACAACCACACAGGAAACGGAACAGAGCCUCGUGAGUUUGCACAAGCUCGAAAAGAAGCAUUUCAAAAAAGAAUUUUUCUGAAUCGAUUGAAAAUUCUCAAAUCAUGAUCUAAAUCUAUUGAAAUAAUAAAGUGACAUGCAGACAAGCGUUGAAAUGAGGUCAGUUCCGAAAAAAAACCCCCCAAUGAGUUUAAUUCCAUGGCAAAACUUCUUAAAAUCCAAGUUUUUUUUCUUUGACAAAACAAAUCCUAUCACUACAGGGAAAUGAAGACGCAGAAGGCGUAAAAAAGGGGCGUCCUCCAAAAAAACGCCGCAGUAAGCCGAUAAGACGCCAAGUCAGUUACUCCUUUGUCUGGAUCAAAAGUUGAAAAACUCCUUCAGGAACUCCUAGAGGACCUAUGUCCCACUCAAGAGGAAACUGCUCAGAACGAGGACUGA